GUGCUGUCAGCAACACCUGAUGCGCGGCGUUGAUUACUUAAUGAUACUAUCGUGACUUUUUUAAAUUUAAAUGUAGCUACCGGACAAAACAUACACAUCUGUUGUUGUUUUUAAAAUAAUUUCCUUUGAAGUAAAAGAAAGCUGGAAGAUAUUCUGACGCUUUCAAAAAACCGGGGACGUUAUGAAAACUGUUAAGGACGAUGGAGAGGUGACGGGGGUGAAUCGAUUUACGAGAGAGGCACCUCCCUCAGGGAUGUCCAAGAACGGAUACUUCUUUCAAGAAAUGGAGCAGCGGGAGGUGGAGCCGGAGGAGGGCAGCGAGGGCCAGGAGGAGGGACAAGACUCGCCGAUCGCCUGCGGAGAUGACAUCCACCUCUAUGACAACCAGAUCAGCCCUGGGCCAGACGCUGACGACUCUGGUUGCGUGUUGCUGAACACAUCAAGAAAGUAUGUGAAGCUGAUGAACUUCGAGGAGGAGAUUCGGGCUCACCGGGACCUGGACGGCUUCUUGGCGAAGGCCACAAUCCUGCUGGAUGAGACCGCUGCCUCCCUGGACGACGUGCUGAAGAGAAUGUUGCACCACGUGGACCAGGACAGCAACGCACUCGAGCCCAGCUGCAACUUCGAGGAGGUGAUGAGCAUGCUUUUCACAGAUGCGGGAGCCCAGGAGGUCAACGUCCACCUGCUGUCAGAGACGAUCCAGGGGGUGACGGCCACCGCCACCGGGAUCCAGUACCAGCAGUCCUGGCUCUGCAUCCUCUGCAACGUGAAGCAUCUCCAGAGGCGUCACGUGUGCAUCUCCCGCCUGGAGAGGCCGCAGAACUGGGGGGAGAACUGCUGCGAGGUCCGCUAUGUCAUCCUGAUCCUCGCCCCGUCCAAAACGAAAAGCACCAAGACAGCGAUGGAGCUGGGCAGGACGUUCGCCACGCUCUUCUCUGACAUCUCCUUCAGGCAGAAGCUGCUGGAGACGAAGACGCAGGAGGAGUUUAAGGAGGCGUUGGUGUUCCAGAGGCACCAGCUGACUGCAACCAACCAGCAGUCCACCGCUCUGGGGAAGGAGGAGACCGACCCCCGCAGUCACAAGCCCCUCCAGUGUAAAGACUUCUUCAAAGCUGGCCGGGGGAUUUAUGAGGACUUGUGCCGCCGACUGCCUUACUACCCCUCUGACUUCACAGAUGGUAUAGUUGGCAGUAAUAAAACCCUGCUGAAGUACAUGACCACGGCCAUCUUCCUCUACAUCGCCAUCCUGCUCCCCGCCAUCGCGUUCGGAUCCCUCAAUGACGAGAGCACGCGUGGCGAGAUAGAUGUUCGGAAGACCAUCAUCGGCCAAAGCAUCGGCGGGGUCAUCUACUCGUUGUUCGCCGGCUCUCCUCUAGUCGUCCCUCUCACCACGGCUCCCCUCGCCAUCUUCAUCAGCGUGAUCCGAGGAAUCUGCGACGACUACAACUUGGACUUCCCGGCUUUCUACGCCUGCAUCGGUUUGUGGAACUGCCUGUUCCUCAUCCUGGGAGGGAUCUUCAACGUCAGCCUGCUCAUGAAGCUCUUCAAAAGGUCCACAGAGGAGGUCAUCGCGCUCUUUAUUUCCAUCGCGUUUGUGGUGGACGCAGUGAAAGGAACAGUCAAAAUCUUCUACAGGUACUACAACGCCCCGACGCUGUCUAACAGAAGCAUGGAGAUCCUGCCUCAGGGUGGAGACCUGCUCGGGGGAAACAGGAGUGAGGUGGCGGCGGGGUUGGCACUCAACGCUCUGCCUGAAUCCGUAAUCCAUUGCACUCGAGAGCGGCCCCUUCUCUGCCUCCUGCUGAUGCUCGGGACAUUGUGGAUGGGCUACACCCUCUACCAGUUCAAAAGGAGUCCGUUCCUGCACGCCAAAGUGAGGGAGGUGCUGUCGGACUGCGCCCUGCCGAUCUCCGUGCUCAUGUUCUCCUUCAUCGGCUCCUACAUCUUCAGUGAUAUUGACCUUCCAGUAUUCAAAGUUCACGACCGGCCCGUCUUCAACGUGGCUCCGUUCGAGCGGCUGUCUGCCUUGAACGUCGUCAGCGCCAUGGGCCUCGGCUUCCUCCUCGCCCUCCUCAUCUUCAUCGACCAGAACAUCGUCGUCUCGCUGACCAACGCGCCCGAGAACAGGUUGCUGAAAGGCACGGCGUAUCACUGGGACCUGAUGCUCUCUGGGCUCAUUAACAUACUGAUGUCGGUGCUGGGGUUGCCCUGGAUGCACGCCGCCUUCCCCCACUCCACCCUCCAUGUGCGCCAGCUGGCUUUCGUGGAGCAGCGCGUGGAGGGGGGGCACCUCUAUGAGACUAUCGUCCAGGUGAAAGAGACCCGGCUGACGUCUCUGACUGCCAACAUCUUCAUUGGCGUGUCGGUGCUGCUGCUGCCUCUCCCGCUGCAGUGGAUCCCCAAACCCGUCCUGUAUGGCCUCUUCCUCUACAUCGCUCUCACCUCCAUCGACGGCAACCAGAUGUGCGACCGCAUGGCUCUCCUCCUCAAGGAGCAGACGUCCUACCCUCCGACACACUACAUCCGCAAAGUGCCCCAGAGGAAGAUCCACUACUUCACCUUCCUGCAGAUGAUGCAGCUGCUGGUCCUCUGCACGUUCGGCAUGUACCCGAUACCGUACAUGAAGAUGAUCUUCCCUCUGCUCAUGAUCAUGCUCAUUCCAAUCAGGAACAACGUGCUUCCUCAUAUCAUCGAGGCCAAAUACUUGGACAUAAUGGACGCCCAACACAUGUAGCUGCAGAUGGAGACAUGGAUCUGGAUCCACAACAACAACAACAACAACAACAACGAAAAAAAAAAAAAAAAGACGUCUGAAAUUUGAAAAAAUAAAUAAAUAAAUACAAAUGAGGAUAAAAAAAAAGAAAAAGUAUUUUUCAAUGCAAAACUGUUUGGAAGCAAAAGAAAAGAAGAGAUUCCGACUGUUUAGAUUUUUGUAUCUGAUAAGAAGAUUCUUACAGGUGAAGCUCUGGAGAUGUGGGACGAGAGGAAGAGGAGAGCUGUGGGGAAUGUUUGAGUCUCUCUGACCCGUCAGUGCCAUCGACCUCCAUGUUCUCCUCUCACACCUUCACAUUUUAUGGUAACAUUUUACAAUAUCCUUACUGGAGUGUAUUCAUCUGUGUGUCACGCUGUGGGUAAGUGCUUCAAGUACUCACUAAUACUGUGUCGGUAAUAACAAUGCUGCCAUUUCAGAGUACGUAGAAAGGUGUAGCGGCACAAUGUAAGUAUGAACUACUUGCGGUCACAUUGUGUUUGCACACUGUCGUUCUACCUUCUUUACACUGUGUUGAUCAGCGCUUCAAUACUUGUCCGUGGGUGAAUAACUGACUGCAUUUAAGCCCCCGCAAAGUGAAUCUGUACCUUUUGUAAUUCUGUCAUCGUGCAGUGCUGCACCUUUUAGCUGUGACUCCCCCUUUUUAUAACAAGGACACUUGUGCUCGUGCAUAUUUAGUUUCUAAGUCAUUCCAACAAAUAUCAGUGUUCAUUAAGGAGGAAAAAGGAGCGUGUGUGUGUGUGUGUGUGUGUGUGUGAGCGUGUGUGCAUUAAUAAUCUGUCCACGUCUUUCGAAAACCUCAUUUUUAAGGUGGAAUUUAAAUACUCAGAAUAAAAAAACACAUUCCACAAGUAUAUAUAUAUAUUAUAUGUAAUUAUUUAGAACGACAGCACAAACCAAAACAUAUAGUGAAAUCUUUAUCAAAUUAUGAAUAUAUUAGAAUAUAUUAUGGCAAUAUACGAAAAGUAUUUUAGGUUAAAUUCAUAUAAAAUAUUUAUUUAUCAUGAUGAUAGUUUAUCUUUUGAGUACAGAACUAAAGUAGUUUGUAAUUCUCCCGUCGCUCCUUCACAUUCCAGUUACUGAGUUGUGUGUUUGAGUGUCUCGUCUUACGUCAGUGUUUACAUAUCAAAGUCCUUCCAGCUCCACGUCAGCGUCCAACACAGUUCUGGUGCAUUGCUAGUAAACAGGAAAGUCGGGUAAAGGUAACAAAAAAAUAAGAUUAAAAGAAAAACUUAAAAAAAAAAACUUUGUGAGCUUUUGGAUUCAAACAAAAUGCAUUUCUUUUGUUUGAUUUUGUGAGAACAAGUGUUGAAAGAUGAGUUUUAGAAUAAUCUGGUCUUGUUUUCUAUUUAGAUGUUAUGAUUAUGAUCAAUGCUUGCAAACUUUGUCAUGUAAAAAUCCAGACGUCUGGAAAGAUUAUCUUGUUACAGUAAAAAAAACAAAAAAAGAGGAUUUCUAUUAGCGAAGCACUGCUUUGCUUAAAGCAUGACUCACCUGGGGGGUUUUGAUACGAUGUGAUGCCAAUGGACAUGUAUCCUACACAAAAGAAAAGUAGCAAAGUAAACAGUAACUUCUCAAUAAACACAAUGCAACGCUCAAUAUUCAGCAAUACUGUGUAUAGAACCUUCACUGAAGACAGGCCAGAUGCGUUUUUAAACACACACACUUUUCCGUCCGUCCUCAUGGUACAAACCAAACGCCUGCUCGGUGCCCAUUGAACCAUCGCACACGUCCAGGAGAAAAAAGUAAAGCCUUCACAUUGCUGGAUUUUAUUACUUGCUUUCCCAAUAUCCAAACGGCAGCUCCCUCAUGCAUAUACUGUUCAACUUUGUUUUACAGAUGUGAGAAAGAUGUCCAAUUUAAGCCCGAUGUCUCACGGCGAGAUAGCGAGGCAUGAAAGGAAAGCUCGGGAGCAUUUGCAUAAUCCUUGGAUUAAGAUUUAAAACAGCACUGGUGAGAGAGAUUGUGAGGUGUGAAGUAAUAUGUACAGUUUGCAAUGCAAAGUUGAGUUUUUAUCAAGUAUCAUUAUAAUCCACGGCAAGGUAUUAGGUUCUAACUUUGGACCGAGUACAGAGAUGUAAGCGUUCUUCUUCUUACGUGACAGUGUUGUUGUUGUUCCUCCACAUCUUCUCUGCGCUGAUGAUUUUUGGAAUAGCAGCAAACUUCUCUCAGAGGAUUUAACGUUGGGUUCAGAGCGAUCUGGUUGUGAAACCUUGACCCCCCCCCCCUCCCUGCUCCUAAUUGGAUCUGUUUGAAAUUGCGUACUGUGGUGUUUCUUUCUUUUUCCUGAUUUCAUAUAGCCUACUUUUUCUAAUCAUGAAUGUAAGAUGUGUGGGUUUUUAUAUAGCAUACUAAUUUAGGUGUCAAACAGAAUAUGUCAUUUUUGUCAAAAAGAUCAGCUAUAUUUGUAAAGCUGUAAUAUGUAAAGAUUAGAAGAAAAAAAUGGUUAUAAAACAGAAUGUGUUGGUUUACUAUAGUAUAUAUAUAUACUGUACAUUGAAAAAGAGAGACUAUCUCAAGCUGUUUGCCAAAUAAAAAGUAGUAGUGAUGUUAA